GUUCCGGCCGUGUCAGCCAGAAGUGAGGUCACAUCUGCUGUUUCAAUCGAGCCCCCGGGCCCCCCCUCCACGUGGGUGAGGAACCCCCCUCCUGCUGUGGACCCUCUCUGGAUCUGGUCACCUCAAUCUGCACAACCAGGAUGCCGAAUCUGGAGGACAACAUUGAGGCAGAACUGGGCCGCCUGGUGGUGCGACAGCAGCAACUGAGAGACCGCCAUAACCUGCUCGUCAUGCUGGAGGAUUUCAGGAGCAACGGCCCCCUGAAGCGGAAGGGCUCCGGUAUGGAUGCAAAUAAGAACAGCGAGCUGGAGAAGAUUAAGCAGGAGAUGAAGGAGCUGGAGGAGAAAGAGGAGCAGCUGCGGAGGCAGGGCAACAAGACCAGGAAGGAGGAAGAUAUCCAAAAUGUCAUCAACAUGGGAGGCGUGCCCGUCCUCCCCGCCUCCAUCGAUGCCAUCAUUGCCGCUCCUCCACCCGGUCCAGCUCCACAGAUCAUUCUGGACGUGGAUAACCUGCCCCCUGCACCAUCCAACACCAUGUGCCCGUCAUGCCAUCAGUACAUCAUCACGGAGACGGUCACCAGGGUAGGCAGCACAGCCUGGCUGGUCUGCAUCAUGAGUGCCAUGGUUGGGUGUGUGUUGGGCUGCUGUCUGCUCCCGUUCUGCACAAACUGCUUCAAAGAUAUUGUGCAUAAGUGUCCCAAGUGCCGGUCUCAGAUUCACGUCUGCAAGAAGCUGUAAGCCCCUCCCCCUAACCUCAAUGCUGCCCCCCCCCCCCCCCCGCAAAUGGCAGGUGAGCAGAAGUACAGUUUCAGUGAUGGAGGAGCUUUGGACCAUCGCUGGGUUGUGUCUGGACGGUGGACAUCGAGAAUUACCGGGGGUGUUCGGGACUAAACUGUUCACAGAAGAGUUAAGGAUCGGGAUGCAACACAACCAGGAAGUCUGAGUUAUCGUGACUCUUCCGAUCCGGCAGUGAGCGCGAUACCCCACGGACAGCAGGGGACGCUAUCCUGUCCCAUCGAUGUGUCUCACUAAGGAGCGUGAGCCUAUUCUUUGCAAAUGCUUGACAGGGAAGUGUCUGUAUGAAUUUGUUUAUCUAGAAUAAACAAUGGCAUAUUAAUGUUUGUAGACAUAGCACUCUGCAGAAAAAUGAAUAAAUGAAAAUGAAAUUUGGUCAUAUGCAAAGUCAA